AUGCGUGUGUCACACGCUUCCGUUGAAAACUUUGACAACUCUGAAAGCGGUAACUACCGCCAAUCUGUUGGAGAAAAAUUAUCCAGAGCGAUGAAUAACAAUUCUAACUCGCCGGUCAAGCAUGAAAUUGCUCUUAUUAACGGAGUUGCGACAAGAAUCGCGAGCGCGAGAUCUACCGAGGAAAACCUUUGCAUUGUGGUUAUACCCGGCAAUCCUGGUGGAAUCGGAUUUUAUGACAUCUUUAUUUCAACGAUUUUUCAGGCUGGAAAAGGAAAAUAUUCCGUUUACGGCGUCUCCCAUGCAGGUAUGGCUUUCAAUACCAUUUAAACGUAACAGGUAUGAAAAUCAUGGCGAGAUUUGACUUAGAAUUGAUAGAAAAUAUUUCUCAAUCGAGUUCAAGGAAAACAAAGCCUAAAAUUUCUUGAUCUCCAGUGGUGUUCCCGCGUUUUAUGAUUCUCUUUUCUCAAGCUUUUAUUUUACUUUUUUCAGUUUAAAGAUCAUAAUUUAAAAUGGUUUAAAUAUACUACUUUCGUAAAAUACCAAGAGGAGAUUUUGCGAGGGCCAAGCCAUUUUUAAAACUAUCGAUAAACUCAUUGUUGUGUUUAUAAAUGACUGCAUGAAUAAGAAAAAUUAUAUGUGACCAUCUGCUCAUCGAGACAGAAAGCUCGUACAGGCCGAUUGCGAAACAAAAACCCACAAUUACUAUAAACGUUACGCUAUUCGCCGAGUUUGCACCACAGAAAAAUUAAAAUCGGAUAGAUUUUAAUUAACAGGAGUGUCACCAUACUUUCAAUGGAGCGAUUUUCAAUUUUGGCUGCAACAAUUCAUUUUCUCAUCAUUUAUUUAUUACUAAACCUGUAAAGAACUGUAUAUAAAAUUAAAAUAGCUAACAAUUUGGUUUUGAAAUUCAGACUGUUAUUUUAACGUCGACCCAUAUGCUGGGGAAAAUUCUAAUUUGAUUAAUUUGAAAAAAAAAAAAACAGUUUUCUGUGUUUCCCGAUGUAUUGCAGUUUCUAUUUUAUUGAGAAAACUUCCACAGGAUUUAUGAUAGUUUACCGCGGCGGUAAACUUGCAGAGAGGGGUCUUUAACUUGUAAAACAGCCGUAAGAACGGCAAGCACUCUUCAGUUCAAACGAUUUGAUUUGGCGCUUCUAGCCCUACGAGCAGGAGUUACCAAAACACAGGGGCGCCCAACGACAAUUUUUCGAAAAUAUCUGUUCGGAAGACGGUUUCAGAUCUAGAAUUUUCGGAACAUUUGUUGUUAAAUUUCUUGCCUGCCUGCCUCUCCUAGGAUUUUCGAACCCCCAAAAAAAAAAAAAAAAAAAAAAAAAUUGAAAAGAUUGCCCAUUUUUAACGGAUUUUUAUCCUAACUGAGGUCACCUAGAAUUUUCGGGAACCUUUUUUCUGGCUGAAAUUUUCGAAAACGUAAGUUUUGAUCCCUAUAACUUUCGGAUCACUACACUUUCAGCUAGGAAAUCCGAAGAGCUGAAAAAUUUUUAGGGGAUAAAAAUAUGCUAAUAUCUACCGUUCAAAUACUAAAAUACGUUCAACAAUGCUAUGUUUAAGUGGUUUUGUACUAUAUUCUCGUUGGGUGCCCCUGAAAACAGAGCAAAACACAACUCUAGUUUUGCCUUAUAGCAAUCGUAGUUGGAUGCACGCCAGUGACAAAAUGUAAAAAAGGGUGUUAAAUAGGGCGAUUUGUUAGAGCACUAUACCCUAUCUGACGUUUAAGUGAUGCAGUUGGCUUUGAUUGGUCAGAAAUGGCAAGAACUCAACAAGAUUAUUUAAAGCAUCUUGUUAUAUUAAUUCUUGCUAUAUGACAUUACAAGAAAUACGAGUGCUCUAUCGCGCCCGUUCAGGUCAUUUGAAAAAUGUACACAAGCUACGUCACAAUGCACGACAUUUUUGGUCGCGUUAGUCUAGCAGACACUGGCAAACCGGAAAUCCAGAUUGUCUAGGAUCAGCUCCUAAAUAAGAAAAAAUGUCCCCUGAAUUUUUGGUGCAGAACAAUUUUUGAGAUAUUUUGAACAGUUUUCAGGUGUUUCUUAUUGUUGUUGUUGUUGUUGUUGUUGUUUAACAUUGAAAGCCUUUUAAAAACAGGUCCUGGCCACUCGAAUCGAAUAGCGGAAUGGCUCUUUAACUGAAAAUUGCGUUCACGCGGGAUCACGGUUGUUGAGUCAUUAUUCUUCGCAUUAUAACACAAUUUUAAAACUUCUUUUGAUCUUUAAUUGAUCUCGUAUCCAGGACAUGCUCAAGUUGACGACCGCAGUGGUCCAUGCAAAUGCAAAAGCGAGAAACAGUGGGAUCAGGAACAGCCAUCGUCUUUCACUCUCAGCGAUCAAAUAGAACACAAACUAGCCUUUCUUGCUUACUAUAUCCCUGCGCAUUGUAGGGUGAUCCUUGUGGGACACUCCAUUGGUGCGUAUAUAGCCUUAGAAAUGCUGAAACGAUACCACGACAAGGAGAAAGUCCUCAAGUGCGUUUUGCUUUUUCCAACAAUCGAGCGAGUUGAUUCCGCUCCGAGCGGCAAAUUCUGGAAGUUUAUCUGCCAUUAUUUACAUUGGCCUUUCCUUAUGGGAACAGCGGUGGCCUCGUUUUUGCCGUCGCUUCUUCAACGCUGGGCCGUAGGCUGGUGGAUGUAUCUGAAUGAAGUCGAAAACAAAGAAUGCAUCAAAAACGCCGCACAGGCUAUGUUAAAUUACCACACGGUUAACAACGUCCUGGAGAUUGGGCGCCAGCUUACCACGAUAAAAGAACUGGACUACGAGUGCGUCCGGUUAAACCUGGACAAACUGGUUUUCUUCUACGGGUUGGGUGACCCGUGGGUGCCACAGGUUUACUACGAGGACAUGAAGGAGAGGUUCCCGGAUGGAGACAUCAAGCUGUCACGUGAUAAGGACAUUAAGCAUGCAUUUGUGCUGGAUACCUCUGAAAAAGUGGCAAAGAUGGUGUGGGAAUGGAUCGAAAACCAUGUGAACGAAUACGAGCUUGAAGACACAGUUACCAUUGUCGAACCUUGUUAGUGACUAGGCUAUUGCAUGUACUUGACAUAACUUGGGCCACAGUGAGAAAUUUAAAGAACAAAUUGAAGAAGUUACUUUAUUUAAAAGUCAAAAAUGACACAAUAUAUAUUGUAAAAUAUCUAUGCAGUUAUAUUCGGCAUCGAAGUGUUCACCGAAGGAAUAGCCCUCUUUAGCUUGUAUGUUUUGUUUUCCCAAUGAUGGUCUCGAGAGAAUUUGCCCCUUUGUCUUUUCAUAAAUUGUGCGUACAUGUACAGGUGAAUAAGAAAAAAUUUGUAAGAAACAGUUCUUUAGAGUAUCAUCACAUGACCUACAUAGGCAAAACAAAACAUACAAGCUAAAGAGGUCUAUUAACAAAGGCUGCGUGGUAGAAAUUUUUUAGUGUGAGACUAUACGUAACAUUGGAAUAUUCGGAUAUCCAGUGACAAAAUUCUGGCCAAGGGCAUCGUGGAAACGCAUCGGUAAGUAAGUUGUUGGUGAAUAAAUGUUCAACAGGAG